AUGUACUGGCCCAUUGGAACUCCUCGAAUCUAUGCGACAACCACUAGUCAAGCUUCUGCUAAGACGAACUUCGCUAUAUCUAACGAUGGCGUCUCCUCUAUCGCAGCCGAUACCGACUCAUUCUCGAGUUCCGAACCGCCCCCUCCCGUGCUUCUCGAGGAAAAAGACAAGUCCUUACUAGACAACUAUCUACCACCUCUUACGCCCGGUCUCAGGACUCCAGCUACCCCAGCUAUAAACUCCGUCGAACAUGAUAUCUAUCACGAUGGCAGCCAUUUUACUUCCCAUCAGCAUCCUACGGGGGCUGCUGGAAAUUCUAUUCCAGCUGGAGAUCCAAUUAUGGCUUUAAAAGUGUCAAGGACCGGCCAUUUAUUCGCUGUUAUUACAGCCACUACCAUGACAAUAUGGCAGACCAAACCUACUGUCAUCCAAGCCAUUGUCGUCCGAUCGGAAGCGUCCAUUAAGUCUUACGGUACCAAUGUCGCUCUCCUAUUAAGACCCGACUCUGUUAUCUUCGUCGUUCAAACAAGUCUAGGCUUUCUAAUUACGUAUUCGCUUGCUACCGACGCCGAGUCCCGCGUCUACAAACCUCACUUCUCGGAUCAUAGUAAUAUCCAGAGGCGACGACAAAGUCACUUUGGAGGCCCUGGUAACAAUACACCUGACCAGAUCAUGUUAGGACCGGGUGAAGGAGCCGGGGUUCGUGAUAUAAGUCUCCGUUUUCGUAGGGUGAUCAAGGUAGACGCCGGCAUUGAACAUGCGAUUGCCCUGGAUGACGAGUUAGUUGUCUCAACCAAGAAGCCAGCGGCUGUUCAAUGCAUCAAGUGGACUCCCGAUAGCAGCGGUAGUCAAACGAGCACCGAGCUCGUAAGCCGCAUGGGUUGGUUAGAGAAGAAGGUAUCAAUCAAAGAAAUGACCCAUGAUCGACCCAUGAACCUCUCCACAUGGGUUACAAGCGACGGCAAAGCAUAUGCUGUUCAGAGAAUCUCGGCUAGUCAGGCCAAAAACAAUCCUGAGUUGGACCCGAAGAAACUGUUCAAAGGUUAUUGUUUCCAUUCGCCUCUUGGAGCAGGCGAUCAUGCUGUUAAAGCAGUCGUCAAUGCCAGGUUCUCCCUAAUCGCCGUAGGGUGUACUGACGGAAGCAUCCGCGUAUAUUCUGCUAGGGAUUACGCUGGCAACAUCCCUCCGUCUCAUGUCCACAGAAUACCAGUCUCGUCCGAAUCUGCAGGUCCGUUAAAAACCCUGAGCUAUUCCCCGGAUGGGUAUUGUCUUUUCGCCGGCUAUGAAGAAGGAUGGGCAACGUGGAGCGUGUUUGGAAAGACUGCCAGCCACAGCUUCUACCACAAUCCCUCCAUUACUUCAUCUAAUCAGGAGCAAUGGUUAAGCGGCAUUAUAGAAGCCAGUUGGAUUGGUGGGGCCUGCGAGAUCUUGAUGAUUGCUCGUCAAAGUGAGUCCAUUUGGCUGCUUGAAAUGGCACGGAGCGCGGUUACCGGUUGCUACACCCCUCCAAACCUCUUCCGUACCGUACUACAAAGUUCGUCUAGCGUUAUGGUUUACCGGGGUUACGAUCUCCCAGAUCUCACCAGUAUCUCCGCCGAGCCUUUUCUUUGGCAUAACGCUAGGAUCCCCGCUAACUAUCUUCUAAACCAAUGGCCGAUCAAGUGUACCGUCGUGUCUUCCGAUGGCAGAUAUGUUGCGGUCGCGGGUAGACGCGGACUCGCGCACUACAGCGUUAAUAGCGGUAGGUGGAAGACGUUUGCGAACGAGGCCAUGGAAAACGAGUUUCAGGUCAGAGGUGGGAUGUGCUGGUAUCAGCACAUCCUCGUAGCAGCUGUUGAAGCGAAUAGAUCAUAUGAACUUCGGCUAUACUCUAGAGAAGCUGCUCUAGAGAGUUCGACCGUCAUGUUUACUCAGCAAAUGCCAGCACCUAUUGUCUUGAUUACCCCGUCCGGAGAAGAUUCUCUACUAGUCUACACCUACGAUAACCUUCUUUACCACUUUGUAUUUGCACCCGUCGCUGGUGCGGUGAGGCCCAUACAAGUUGGGCAAAUCGCUUUCCACGGUAUUGUCAGAUCUCCUGCCAGAGUGAGAGGCCUCAGUUGGAUAUUACCUGAGAACCAGAUGGUGGACGGGGAUCCUUCACAAGACGUUACGUUUGCCUCAGUGUUAUUCCUGGUAGAUGGAAAACUCGUUCUCCUUCAACCAUCCGUGAAUAAUGAAGGGCAGCUUAAAUAUGAUAUGCGCGUCAUAUCUCACAGCGUAGAGUUCUAUGUCAGCAUGAGAGACCAGUCGUCCGUUAAUAUACUGGGCGAGUCUAGUGUGCAUUUCUCUGCGGAAGUCGAAGAAAACAGCCUUCGAAAUUCAUUAUGGGUAUUUGAAGGCCAGGAGUUAAAAGUCUGGCCCGAUGUCCAGGAAGUUCUGCGAGCCACCUCGAUUGAGCCAACGAAGGAACUGCCAUCUACGGUUUCCAUGCCCAUCGACUUCUAUCCUCUCUCCGUGUUAGUAGGUAAAGGAAUUGUACUAGGGGUUGAACCCGAGCUAGUCCAACGAAGAGACGUCAGUUUCUCUUUCUUCCGUUUCUCCAUCAGGACUCAUCUUUUUCUCCCCGAGAUUUUACGAUUCUAUCUAGCAACAAACAACGCUGCCGCCGCGCUUAAAUUAGCCCGACAAUACCAAAACCUUGAGUACUUUGCACACGCCUUAGAGGUACUACUACAUCAUGUUCUCGACGAGGAGGUCGACUCGGCACCCAAACCGGAGGCUGCCCUUCUUCCCAGGGUGCUUUCUCUUUUAUCAUCUUUCAAGCAAUAUCUAGAUAUUGUUGUUCAAUGCACAAGAAAAACCGAGGUUAGAUCCUGGAGAACACUGUUUGCAUACCUACCUCCACCACAAGAGCUCUUCGAAGAGUCGCUUCAGCGCGGGUCAUUGAAAACAGCAGGAGGCUACUUGCUAAUAUUACACACAUUCGAUGAACUAAGUGCAGCAUCAGAACAGUCGGUGCGGCUAUUCUCUCGAGCAAUCCGGGAAGAGGAUUGGGAACUUUGUAAAGAAUUGGCUCGAUUUCUAGCGGCGAUGGACGAAAGCGGAGAGACGUUAAGAGAGGCAAUGGAACUAGUCAAUAUCAGAGUCAAGCAGGAGUCAGACGAUACUGACAUAAUGUCUAGGCUUGAGGUGCCACCGCGGAAAGCUAAUGGCAGCUCCCGCAUCGCGAGACAGAACUCGGAGACAGGUUCGGACGCUCACUCAACAAGCGAUAUAAGCAGCUUAGGUACGGCUAGUCCAAUAUAA